AUGGAAGAAGAUUUUAAUGUUGAUGAAAAUUAUAUUAAGCAAUUAUCAGAGAAGUAUAAAAAUGUUGAACAUCCUUUAUUUAUGGAUGAACUCCCAACAAAUAUUGAAGAAAAUGAAGAUUUGCUAGCACUAUAUAAUUUAAUAUUAUCUGAUGAAAAUGAAUUAAGUUUAGCCAAAAAUUAUAAAGAAGUAGGUAAUGAUUAUUUUAAAGAUGGGGCUAAAUAUUUUGAGGAUGCCAUAAUAAGUUAUACUAAAGGUAUUGAUGUAUUGGAAAUUUACCUUAAAAAAAGGGAAGCCGAUCAAUUAAAAAAUAAAAAAAUAAUGAAUACAACUACGAGCAAUUCACAAAAUGGUUCUAUCAAAACAAAUGAUUCAACUAGCAAUAAUCAAACUCACAAAGUUAGUGAAAAUUCUCUAAAUCUAAAUAGUCCAAAAGAAGAAGACAUUAUAUGCAUAAAAGAUAUAAAUAAUUUACUUUCAGACUUAUACUGUAACAGGGGUAUUAUUCAUUAUAAAAAAAAGAAAUACAUAAAAUGCUUAGAUGAUUGUAAAAAGGCAUUUUCCUUUAAUAAUAAAAAAUACAAAAGUAUUUAUUACAGUAUUUUAUGCUCCUACUACAUAGGCAUAUAUAAUGAUGCCUAUGAAUAUGUAAAAGUUUUUGAUGAGCUAUUACAAGAUGAUGAUAUAAAAAAUACUGUAAAUUUAAAAGAUUAUUUAAAUAUAAAAAAGGAAGUCACACAAAAAUAUGAACAAUUUUUAGAACGAAAAAAAAAAAAUGAACAGGAAAGAAAAAUUAUGGCUAAAAAUGAAAAAAAUAAAAUUAGUGCUAUUCAAGACAUAUUAAAAAAAAGAAAUAUACAACUUGUUGAAAAUUUAUAUAAUGAUAAUAAUAAUAUUGUACCUAUGUUUUAUUUAGAUGAAAAUAUGUAUAUACAUUUUACAGUCUUUCUAAUAUAUAUAGAAAAUAAUAUUAUUGAAACUAUUUUAGAUUUUGCAGAAAAUCAAUGUAUAAUGGAUUAUUAUAAUUUUAUUAAAAAAAAUCAAAAUACAGAUAUACUUUAUUGUUAUAUCGAAUUUCCAGAUGAUAAAUAUUAUAUGAUAAGUAAUGAUGCAUAUAUUUGUGAUGUAAUUAAUAAUAUUAAAUUAUUUUCGAGAAUUAUGGCAAUCCACAUUAUUGAAAAUGAAGAAGCAAAUCACUUUUUCAAAUCCAAUAGAAAUGUUGUUUUUUUGGCACCAUCAUAA